ACCUUUUCCUCUUUCCAACACCACCAAAGCAUGGCGUCCAAAAUCUUCUGUUGCUGUUACAAGGCCAAUGAUACAACUAACAACAAUGCCAGCCACCCGUCUACAACAGUGACCCAACAGAAUCAACCAGUGUGGGGCAGUUGCUUCAUGCCACCAAACAGAAGACCUCCUCAGGUUGAAGAAGCUCCAAAAAUCCCCCGGGAUAUGAACGUAAAUGCUCAUCAAAGGGCUAUUCAAAGGAGAUACUCAUUCAUCUCCCCAGAACACUGUUCGCUAUUUAGCCUUCAGAGACCCUGAGGGUUCUAGAGGCAGCAGACCAGGAUAUCUGAGCUGCACAGCUGCUGGAGGGUCUCCAUGAGGAUGAAGAAGGCAGUGGACAGGAGUCAUGAAGACCGAUUCCGAAACUCCACCGCAAGGAGGGAAGAGGUCUGAGCCAUCCCUGUGCCACCAAGCGUGAGUCACACCAGCUCCUGACAGCCACGGAGGGAGUGCUGCCUGCAAUUAAAGUCCUUGUUUGCAUCAGA